AAAUGGGAGGGACACAUUUCUCAAGCUGAUGCUCUGGAGAAACUUUUGUGUCCCGAAAGUGUAGCAGACAGUUUUACUUUCCAGCACAGAGACACAGUCCAGUGGACAGCACAAUCCAUCAGCUGCAGCAGAGACCUGAAACACCUUCAUCAUGUCCAGCAAGCGAGCGAAGGGAAAGACCACUAAGAAGAGGCCACAGAGAGCCACUUCAAACGUGUUUGCCAUGUUUGACCAGUCACAGAUCCAGGAGUUCAAGGAGGCCUUCAACAUGAUCGACCAGAACCGAGACGGAUUCAUCGAUAAAGAGGAUCUCCAUGACAUGCUGGCCUCUUUGGGGAAGAACCCGUCUGAAGAUUACCUGGAGGGGAUGAUGAGUGAAGCUCCAGGGCCCAUCAACUUCACCAUGUUCCUCACCAUGUUUGGAGAACGGCUCAACGGAACCGACCCGGAGGACGUCAUCAGGAACGCUUUCGCCUGCUUCGACGAGGAAGGAUCCGGUUUAAUUCAUGAAGACCACCUGCGAGAGCUGCUGACCACCAUGGGAGAUCGUUUCACAGAUGAAGAUGUGGACGAGCUCUUCAGAGAGGCUCCCAUUGACAAAAAGGGCAACUUUAACUACGGCGAAUUCACCCGGAUUCUCAAACACGGCGCCAAAGAUAAAGACGACAUGUAGACGAUCGGAGAGCAUCAGCCGCAGCUGCACAGCGCAUUACAAACACAUGAUCAGCAUCUAGAAGUCAAAGAAAAACACAUUUCGCGUCACAAAUAUUCCAUGGUAUAUAAAAGAAUUAUUUUUUUCCUCUAAAUGCAUUCGAUACAACCAGGUUGCAUUGCUAACAAUCUGUGCAGUGUGUAUUUUGUGUUUUUAUGGGGGACUACAGUAUAAAGCAAUGUACUCUGCAGCUGCGGCUGGACGUCUUUGAGUUCGGAAUCUGUGCAACUCAGAAAUGAAACUAUUACAUUGGAGAUGCCAUAAACCUGUAGAAAAGGUUAUUUUUACGUGUGUAUUUAAAAGGAUUAUCAGUAUCUCCCCCUCACUGAGCAAUAUUAUCAGAUAUCAAAAACAUUAUGGGUAUUUAGAAAUCAUUAAUGGAAGUACAGAAGGACAGAUUCCUUAAGGUCACCUUCAUUUUUCAAACUGAUAUUCUCCUGAUAACUGAGACGCAGAAUUUGGGAUAUGUUGAUUUUUUUGGUGGUACUGCUACUUGUAUUUUCCCAUUAAACCGUGAAUAUCUGGCUUAUAAAAUGUGUAUUUACAUGUGGCAAACUACAGUGAAUUCUCAAAAUCAUUUCUGUGCAUGCAUAAGUCAACAGUACUCAUUUCUGGACAUUUGCUCUGUAAAAUAAAGCAAUUUCCAUUACUCCACAACAUUACUACAAAUCUAUGAAAAACGAAGCUUUAUUUCUCUGUAAUGCUUGUACAAAAGGACAUCAAAUAAAAUCUUAAGGCAGAUAUUGC